UUGACACGCUGCCAGGCGUCCACAAACACGGAACCGACGGACACUUUGGACAGCAUGGAGGAGCUACUGUUACCCAAUGCGGAGGAGGAGGCGCGCUCCGAACACAGCACGUACGUUCCGGGAGACGCGGGAAGGACGAUGGGGGACCGGGCGAGGACUUGCCUCAAGAUACCGCUGAACCUCCUAAUCAACGUGAAGGACUUCCUGGUGAGGAAUGGGCUGUUGACGCUUUCGGUGUUUGCGGUGGCCACCGGCUGCACGAUGGGCUUCCUGCUGAGGGGAACCCAGCUGUCCACUCAGGCAAAGAUCUACUUCUCUUUUCCUGGAGAGCUGCUGAUGAGGAUGCUGAAGAUGCUCAUCCUUCCUCUAAUCACAUCCAGUUUAAUGUCGGGUCUCUCCUCGAUGGAGUCCAAGGCGUGCUGUCGGAUGGGCGUCCUAACUGUCACCUACUACCUGUGGACCACCUUCAUUGCUGUGGUGGUGGGCAUUGUGCUCGUCAUCAUCAUCAAACCCGGCGUGGGUACGGACAUGGAGAGCCACAGGCUGGGGGGGGGGCCUGUUAUGACCUCAGCCGACGCCUUGAUCGACCUCAUUAGGAACAUGGUUCCCUCUAAUCUGAUUGAGGCUACGUUUCAGCAGUACAAAACGGAUCUGAUUCCCAUCCUCAAAGUCCCAGCCAGAACCGUGCAGCCCAACUUCGUCUAUGUCUUUCCCGAUGAGAAGGACCCCAAAGGUCGGACAGUGUACCUCGAGCUGACCCCCCCUCCAGAUGUCACGUACAAGACGAGUCCUGGCACCAGCCAACAGAUGAACGUCCUGGGAAUUGUCAUUUUCUCCGCCACCAUGGGCUUGUUGCUGGGCAGGAUGGGAGAGCGAGGAGCUCCUCUGGUCAACGUCUGUCAGUGCAUCAACGAGUGCGUCAUGAAGAUCAUCAACGCUGCGGUCUGGUACUUCCCAUUUGGAAUCAUCUUCCUGGUGGCGGGUAAGAUCCUGGAUAUGCAGGACCCAAGCACGCUGGGAAAGAAACUGGGCUGGUAUGGCAUCACCGUGCUCGCUGGCCUCUUUGUCCACGGGCUGAUCCUCCUCCCUUUCUUUUACUUUAUCCUCACCAAGAAGAAUCCCUUUACCUACAUCCGCGGGCUGCUGCAGGCCCUGGUGAUUGCCCUGGCUACCUCCUCCAGCUCCGCCACGCUUCCAAUCACCAUGAAGUGUUUGUUGGAAAACUGCCAUGUGGACCGACAAAUUGCUCGCUUCGUCCUACCUGUGGGGGCUACGAUCAACAUGGAUGGGACAGCACUGUACGAGGCUGUGGCGGCCAUCUUCAUUGCUCAGGUUAAUGACUAUGAGCUGGACUUCGGCCAGUUGGUCACCAUCAGCAUCACGGCCACAGCUGCCAGCAUCGGUGCAGCAGGGAUCCCUCAGGCUGGUCUGGUUACCAUGGUGAUUGUACUGACAUCAGUAGGCCUGCCUCCAGAUGACAUCACACUCAUCGUGGCCAUCGACUGGAUUCUUGACAGGUUUCGGACCAUGAUCAACGUUCUGGGCGAUGCUCUGGCAGCGGGAAUCAUCGGCCACCUCUGUCGGAAAGAUUUCCCCCUCAGUGGAGCAGGAAAGGCUGUACCGUCUUAUGGUACGCAGAAUCCUCACAACAACUCUAACAGUGUAGAAGUGCCAAUGACAGAGAUCCACUCACACAAAGACUGUAUGUUUGAUACGACGGGUGACCCGGUGGGCGAGAGGCACGCACACACCGUUUACUACAACAUCUGUCAGGUGUGAUAUGAGAAGUACAGCUCAAAACACCAUGAGUUAAUUUCACUGUGCCAUCUGAACAGGAGACAGACUUUGUUGUUACAGAGCAGGAAACCUCUUCUGAGCAGCACCAACUGCUUUGAACUUUAUUUAUGUGACAAGAAAAUGUAGUUUAUUUGGCCAAAAACUGGAUUGGAGCUUCUUCUGGAGCUUUGUCCCUAGUGACAGUGAAAACAAAAGCUCCACUACAGGGACCAUGGUGCCAUUUUACUGGAAACUCACCACCAGCGCUAACAUUCAAACUAGCCUGAAUUUAAAAAGUGGUGGGAAUGAUUCAUAUCAAGCGAAUCAGCAAAUUGCCUGGUUUCUAUUGAAGAACAGCUGCACAGGAGCCUGGCCUGCAUCAGAGACACAACCCCCCUCCUGGGUGCACCUACAGACUCAAAUCUGACAGCUCCACGUAGAAGCAGUACACUGCAGUUACCCUUCUGAACUGGGUAUCAAACCAGCAUCGCUCUUGGGUACUGCCAGAAAUGUGACUGUACUAUCCCUUUCAGGUCGGUUUAGUUAUUAGUAUUUGGAACAAAAUGAAGAUGGAAUGCCAAUUCCUUACCUGACCUCUGGUAAUAAUCUUUCGGAAGUGAUCCAAACAAUAGGAUGGCUGAUACAAGAUGCCAAAAUAGGUUUCCAUCACAGGCUCACUCGUCUCAGCUAAUAAGGGUUUAUCAUUAAGUUCUUAAAAGCACUUCAUCUUUGCAAAAUAAUCCACAAGAUGGAGCUUGUAACGUUAUCGUAUAAAUCCACUAACUAUUAUGUGGAGGACUGCUGAGGGUCAUCUUAUUUAGGGUCUUAGUAAAACUUGGGGCGUGAGACCUGGGCUUCCACUAUGAUUCCUUUAUUGCUGAGAGCCGCUCUACCUGUUGAAAAAGAAUGACUGAAAAUGCUCUGUGCAAAAAAAUGUGUUGGUGACCAGGUGAGUAGCUCAAAGGAGAACCAAUGACACAUCGUGAGCCGUGACUAAUGGAUCCAGAUGACUCCUGAUAGAGAUUUUUCAGGCAGUUGCUAGUGAAAAGACUCUGGGGAGACCCAGAACACUGGAGGGAUGUCAUAUCAGCCCUGAACACUUCUUCCAACAUCUUCCAAGUCCAGCUGUUAGACAUCCCAACUACUCAGACUCCAGACCCUUGCAAGCCCUUACCUUUGACUGGCUGCUAUAUUUAUACGACUGAAGAACAGAACAAAUCCAGUAAUGGUUUAAAACACCACGUUGGAUCACAUUGGAUUAUUUAUUUAUUUUAAAUACUUGCAGGUUGACCAAAAAUGACAGCUAAACAGCUUGGACCCCUCUUUAUUAACUUUUUUUUUAGUUUGAUCUGGGAUCAUCCGAAGGGACAACACUUGUUUGCUCUCUGUCUUUCCUACAUACCUCUGGCUGAACUGUGUAUUUGAUUGGCUGGUGCUCUCUGCUGCCUGUUUGGACUGGUUGCGUAUUAAAGGGUAAUCUGUUCAUUCUGACAGCUGAAUGGAUCCAAGUGCUCUUCAUCUUGCAAAUCAAGCUUCUUCUUCUCCCGUCUUGUUUAUAUUUGACAGCAUGCUGGCAUGCGCUCGUAUUGGCUUCACUUGAAGCUGCCGUGCAUUAUCUUUUUCUCCUGUUUUUAAUCAAAGUGCUGUAGGGAUUAUGGGACUUGGUACCAAAGUCAGUUGCAGCUAACAGAGGCUAGUUUUUGUUCAGUUACUACUUAACUACUUAAAUGUGUGUAUUACCUCAAAUUGUUUACUUACAUCUGAGAUUGUGAGUGACCUCUGGCUAUGUGUUUGACAAACACCAGUGGUUACUAGAAGGUAAGAAAAAGGUCUAAAAACAUAUUCUUUCAGAAGAUGGUCAGGGGAAAUAAAGUUAUGAUGUUAUAAUUAUAUGACUUGUAAUUAGUGAAUAAAUCAUACAACUUUUUAAAAAAUGUUUUGAUAAAGUGCUCCUUUAACUUCUCUCUGUGUAAGUUAAGUAGCUGUGUUUUUAUGUAGGACAAAAAAAUGAAAACGUAGACCUGCCUUAAUGUAACUGUUGACAUUCUGUCAUUUUAAUCCACAAACCUCAAUGUUUCUCUGCCAAUGCACACUGACAAACUGCAGCAUUUUCAACUACUACAAAAGAAAGUUUUCAUCGAAUUGCAUCGUGUACACACUUUAUUUGUUUUUUAUAUGAUAUGUGUUUUUGGACUUUGUGUA